UGGAUGUUGUGUAUCUUAUUCUUAGGCGUGUUUCUGAACUGACUGUACAGUUCUCUUCGACAACUUCUCCGGAGGCAUGACAGCGAGUGGACUGCUACGUAGCCACCUCUAAUAAAGUACUCAGUAGUCUACUCAUUGUGCUAGUCUGCAUAGUGGCCUUGAUCUCGACCCUUCGUCGCGUCAAUCUUUCCGUUAGUAGGAAGAAAAAGUGUGUAGAACUUCUCCCUUCCCAGUCAUCAACGCUCUUUCCUCUCUUCGAACGCACCAUCAUUCUCCCUUACCAUCCGAGGAACACCCUUUGCCUCGAGUCGCAAGCCUUCAUCUGAUACUCUCACCGGCCUCAUUCGCUCUCGCCUCGGAUAUUCUUGCCAGCUAGAAGUUAUACUCAGCCAGCUCAGCCAUCCUUGCCUUGUAAGAGAGCCGUUCACAGUCUUGAUCACACCCACCCACCGACCCACCUGAAGAGUCAGAACCUUCUUCCACUUUCGUAUAUUGGUUCUAACCGGAAGUUCCAAAUUUGGCUACCACAUCAAGACGUGACCUGUCCCGACCGGUCUUACGUACUUCGUUAUUUACCCAGACGCUCGCUCAACCACACUAUGGAUUCUACUGCGUUUGCCUCCCCUUACCCACAAACUCCUACUCCCGGUGGCUCGGCUACCGCCAACCAACUCAACCGACCCCCACUCACCUCACUCAAGCCAUUCGGCUAUUCCGGCGAACCAUCAAAGCCCUUCAUCCGCAAGCCCCACACACCUCACCCACUCACCCAGGUCAGCAUGAUCGACAGUCUCUCAACCAUCGCCAAUGAGUCUCACUCCAAUAAUAGAAGACCCAAUAAUAUCACCCUCAACCAAGCCACCAGGAAUGAACCGGAACAGUCCUUGGAAGAGGACCUGCUGGCGUUUGAAGAAGAGCAGCGAAAUUUCCAACGUCGACCCAUCAUCUCUAGGGCAUCACGCGUAUCCGAUGACCUCACCGAAGAUGAGGAAUUUGGACAGGAUGAUCAAAGCAGUCGUGGCCAACAAUCCGCCCAAACGACUACCAAUGAUGAUGAUGAUGAGGAGGAGGAGGAGGAGGAGGAAGAGGAGCAGGACUCUGAUUUCGAUCGAGAUAGCGACUCUCUUAGAAUCGGCCUAUCCUCCCUCUCCCCCCCUGGGAUCGGCCGCGCCUCUCACCAUCCCGGCCAGUUAUCGACCACCCUCAGCACCAACGCCCUCAACGCGCAAGUUCUCUUGCCAAUGACCAAGAUCUUACCAUGGACGACGACCCAAUCGCAAGUCAGUCAUACUCCCGUCAGUGGCUUCCAAGGAAUGGCACGCCAGCUCAGACAUGACUUCGAACAGUUCGGCGGUGUCCCUUCCCCCGUACACUCAAAGACGAAGAAAGCAAAUCCUAUGCGUAAAGAACCCACCACUCGCGGGGGAACACUCAAAGGCGGUCUACCUACCAACGACGGCAUUCGAGCUAAACGCGUCUUUGGCUCUGAUCUAGAUCAAGGUCUCAAACCUCCUCGACUCAAUCAGCUACAUUCUGCUGGAUUAACCUCUACUCCGCCCGUCAAGCUUCAUCCAUCCAACCCCACUCAACAAAAUCAAAACCAACAACGGGGAAGAAACACAUUGGCUGAGCUGAAGAAUCAGAUCCCCUCUCGACUUCCUCCCAAUCGACUCCACAGGCCAAUGAUACGGAUCGUCGAUGCUACAUCUGAUAGCAACACUCCCAGUGGAUACGAUCUAUCAUUGGCACCUGGCGCUCGCAAAAUCGUUGGAAAUUCCGUACGCGUGCCAGAUGUCACCGGGCUUACCGAUGCCCUCUGUAGCCCGGACAAGGCAGAUUUCCCAUCGGGCAACACGCUCAAAGGAGUGAGGUCCACGAACGAAAGUGCACGGCCAGAUCCAACUCUUCACGAAGCUUUGUCACUCUUACGACGCCGGUUAGGCACGUUGGAAACCGAAAAUGAAGCUUGUCAAACACGCAUACGCGAUCUCCAAUCCGAGCUCAAUCGUGCCAAUCAGGCACCAGUCGCCCACGCCGCUCCAGCGUCUCAUGACCAUGCCGAUAACUCAACCAGAGUCACCAACAAACCAGCUGUCGAGCGCAUCGUCCAAAAACUAAAGGCUCAUACUCGUCGUCUUGAAGGUGUCAUCGAAUCACAUGCCAUCGCCCUUGAUGAAUUGAAUGCCUUCAAGACUCGCCACAAGAAUGUCCGACAAGAGCUUCGCGGGGUCAAAACUGAGGGGCGACAGUUGUCCGAGGAAGUGGAUGACAUGAAGACCAGUUUGGAAGGCCUGACUUCGGAAGUCCGUGAGAUUCGUAGUGUGAUCGAGAGGCUAGUCAAAACCGCAUCUCAACCUGAGCCUAUGAGCAAGAACCAAGUCCCAGGACCCAGUCAACCAGGCAUGAGCCGUCGGGGCACUGCGACCACUAAAAUCAACGAUCCUAAGGCACCAAUGUCCAAAAGCCAGCCAACUGUCAAGCGCCACUUACCCAGCACAUCGUCACAACAGCCUCCUCAGUCUCAGGCGACGCGUAAUGACAUUGAAGACUGGCGAUCGCAAACAUCUACGAUUCAGAUUAGCGGACAGAGCUUUCUUGGGUCCGAUGAGGUUGAACGAUUAAAAAGAGAUGUUGAGCAGGAGCAACUCCUUCAACAUGCUGGCCAAGGACUCACCAAAGCCCGGUCGAAUAAUCCUCCGAGUGCUUCUAGCAGUCGUCCCCCGCCUCUUGCUAAACCAGUAGCCACGGGCCCCAGUAACAGAGCACCGCCGAUCCGGACCAGCUCAGCUCCUACGAUCAAGUUCGGAGGAAACGUCGAGCCAAUCAAAGCGACUGAUGAACUCUCGAGGGGGGAAGCCAUACUCAACUCGCUCCCGAAAGGCCGGCAUGACGACAUGAGCUGCUCGCAGUGUCGCCUCAGACGACAAAAGAACGGCACCGCUAGCAAUCAUCCGCUGUCUAAUCGAACCAAUAGCGCUCCAGUGGCCCCCAUGCCUGUUAGUAAGACAAAAGAAGAACGGGAUGAACCUGAGGAUGAGGAAGAAAGCCUGCCACCUCAAGCGGUCUUGGUGGCCAUCUUGAAAGAUCUCGAGGUGGACUUUGAAGUGCAUCGAAAAAUCUUUGUCGAAUUGUCUGAGACUUAUCGGAAGAUGAACCCAGCGUCGAUCCAAAUCAGCAAGCGGAAAGCUCUGGCUCAACAUUUGCGGGAGAGUGUGGAUACCCUCGAAAAGAAGGCGGGUCAUAUCAAGCACUUAUAUGACCUGUUACAUGUCAAAGAUCUGCCACUCAAAUCAGGACCAUCAUCCAAGAAGUAA